GACGAUUCCGUGAGUGAUAGUGAAGCCGGAGCGAUGCUCCUCACGCUUACGAAAAUAGUUUUUUAAUAAUAAAUCGGACUUGCGAAAUUUUAACAACACUUAAGAAUCAAUAUGGAGAAUGUUAGUUCUAUGAUUCAAAGAAAUGAGGAACAAAGAGAUGAAGAUAAUAAUGAAGCGUUACAACUCGUAAAGAAUGAAGAGCGACAGGACAUGGCGGGUGGGGAGUCAAGUGUAAGCGGAAAUAAUAAUGAAGGCGUGUCUGGAGCAGUCGCAGUAUCAGGAUCAGAGUCGAACGCAGAACCACACUCAGUGAUCACAUCGCGACGGGCUCUUAGGACUAUUACGACAGCUGGUCACAUCACUGACAGCGCAGACCUGAACGACGAAAGUGUUAAAGAUGAGCCCCCUGAACAACAACAGCUAGAACACGAGCAACUACAGUACGCACCCAAGUUGGAAGAUACAGACGGUCGGGGUGCCGCUUCUCAUUAUGACGAGGAGAGAUUGCGCAUGGCUGAAGCGGAAACUGCUCGAUACUUAGCAUUUAAGCAGGAACCGUAUCGUUCCUUACAGUCUCCUACGCCGGCACCUCAGGACAAACGACUCCAGCCACAGCCACAAUACGCGCGAGGUCCGCCGCCGCGGUCGGCGUACGGUCGCGGGCUCGCUUUACGUUACGGCACACCUCAUCAUGUCAUAGUAGCACAGGAUGGUGAUGCUGACGAGCACUCACAUGAAGCAUUUCUACAAAAAGAAAAGGCUGAGCAACUACAACAGGCCUACGCAGCUUCUGAAGCUGCGAACGCUCAGGACGGCAGGCAGUACGCGGCUGUUCUCAGCGAUCAAGUGGCCGUCUCUUCCGCCUUAGAAAUGAUUCAAACUACAUCGUUAAGUAAUCAACAGGCGGUCGGCGUUGCUUACCAGCAGGUAAAGUAUGAAUCGCGCGGUGAGGGGGAGCCUCGGCCGACUACGUACGCGAGCCUACAACCUGUAACCUCCGUGCACAGCGCGAGUGGGUACACAUACGCGGGGCAAAGCCCGCAGUACGCGGCAGCAGGAUACAGCACGUACAACAGUAGCAAGGAACUGCUGACGCUGUACGGAGCGGGGGCGGCGGCGCCGCGAGGUGACGACUCGCCACCCGGACUACUGUACCGCAGCGACCCAACCCUCUCCUCGUCCUCACUUAACACUCGAGGCGCCCACGUCGUGUACGGCUCUGUGGUGCCCCAAUCACAGGCCGUUUAUGAAGCACCUCCUAGCCCUAACUCGCAGCAAGUGAACGUAUUGUACACACACGGCAACACAGUGCAAUACAAGGUGGGCGGAGAACACUACCUGGGACAGGGCGGUGGCGUGGAGUACGUGCCGGUGUCGGGCUACGAGGGCGGACUACUUGUCGAGAGCUACGCGGCGCCUGCGCAGGCUUGGCCCGGCCAUAACCUGCUUCCCAUAGACGACAGCUUUGAUCCCAGUAUGGCAGGGAUGGGCGAGGUAAAGGAGUGCGUGAAUUGCGCGGCGGCGACAACUCCGCUGUGGCGGCGCGACGGCACUGGUCACUAUCUUUGCAACGCGUGUGGCCUCUACACGCGUAUCAACGGCGUCAAUCGACCACCUCUCAAGGGUCAAAAGGCGAAACCUCAGCAAGCUCUCCCGACGAACGGCAAUCGCCGCGUAGGAGUGACUUGCGCGAACUGCCGCACGUCCAACACGACGCUGUGGCGACGCAACAACAACGGAGAGCCGGUCUGCAACGCCUGCGGUCUCUACUACAAACUGCACAACGUUAACCGUCCACUGAGCAUGAAGAAGGAUGGAAUCCAGACGCGUAAGCGAAAGCCGAAAAGCAUGGGCGGAGGAGGGGGCAGCGCAGGAGUGGCGCGAAGCGGCGCUCUCUCCGUGGAGGCACACUCGCACAAGGUGCUGCCUCCGCUGUACGCGGCGGUGGAGGGCGCGGAUGCGGGCGCGCCGCUGCUGUUGCUGCCCGCCGCGAGACACCACGCCGACCUCGCGGUACCAGCGCUAGAGCUCUCCGGAGCGGCGUCCUCCACGCAGCACUAUCGUCCGCCCUAACGAAUCUACUAAGGGUGUAGGAGGUACCUCGUUGCGCGUUCGUGUCGAAACAUUACAAUGUGAGUGUCGUAAAGUGAGGUUGGACUAUGAUUAUUAUUCGUUCCUUGUCACCAAAGCGCUACCAAAAUAGCAUUUAUGAUUACGAUAUCUCGAGCGGAUUAUCUUAUGAUCGCUGCCGAUAGUGCUAUCGCUGUACAGUGUUGUAAUAUACUAGUUUAAAAUGCGCAAACAUAGCGUUUGUGAGGAGAUUUUAUAUUAAUAUUUAAGUGUAACUUAAAGUACCUAAUGUUAUGUAAACUUUUGUAAGGCCAAAGAUGCCGUCUUUGCUGAUUCGAAGAUGACCCAGUUCUUAAAUAUUCACUGAGUUAGAGCAAUGAGAAUAAGGAUGAUUUAAAAAAUAUAUAAUAUCAUAUAUUGAACUACGUACGUCGUAAUGAAAUCUUGUUAUUUAAUUUUGACUGCCUCGUUGGUCUAGUGACUAGAUAUAAAGCCGCAGAGCUGGAGGUCCUGGGUUCAAAUCCCAGGUCGGGCCAAUAGAAAAUUAUUGGGUUUUUCCGUCGAAAAUUCUCAGUAGCAGCCCGGAGUCUGUAAGUUAGAAGUGUGUACACUCCUAUACCUCGGAAAGCGCGUAAAACCGUUGGUGUGUCGCCUGUAUUACAAAAUGAAAUAAAUAAUUUUAAAUCUAAAAAUAGCUUGACAGAGAAUUAUUUAAAUAAAAAGGAAAUUAGGUUCACUCAAAAUAAAACAUAAAAAAAUGUAUAAAUGUUUUUAGCUACGCAAUUGUGUUCUUGAUGCGUUUUAUUUGAUAAUAUUUUAGUGUAAAUAAAACGUACCAUCAUCGCUUGAGGUGAGGCUCUUUGUAAACAAUCAGAUAAAUAUGUAUAAAGCUAUUUACUUGAGGAGAUAUUGUAUAAGACCACGGCUAUCAAAUAUGACGAAUUUAUUAAUAUAUUUAUAUUAGAUGUAAUGUGUACGUGCGAGUGUAUUUGUGUGUGUGUGUGUGUGUGUGUGUGUGUGUGUGUGUGUGUGUGAGUAGCGAGUGAACUCUGUACAGGUUUUUUAUUUAUACUCUACAAAAAACAACGAAUAGAUUUUGUGUGUAAUAUAUAUACCUGUGUGUUUGAUUUAGUUUGGGCUGUAAUUUAAAUAAAUUCCUUGCCAAUUG